AUGCCACCCGAAUGUGGCACAAGGGCUGGGAUACUGCCUGGUUGCCCGAGCGUAGACAUGGGAAGUCGAGAGGCAGAGGUCGGGUUCAACCCACAGAUCUUCCAGGCAGAAAAUUACAGCAAGAAAGCGAUUGACCCAGAUGCUCCCAGAUUUAAUUUACAUCUUGCUAUACGACGUCCAGUAUUCAUCGGUGUGAACUACACUACUGUGGUGGCUUGGGCAACCUGGCAGUAUCCCAGCCCUCAACCUUCAGGUUGCAUGGCAGCUAAGCACCGAAGGGGUUUUACAGCUGAACAAUUUUAA